AUGCCUCCUCCAUCGCCGCCACCCGACGGUGGCUACGGCUGGUCAUACGGCGUAUUCCUAGCCCAUUACCUAUCCGACAAUGUCUUCCCCGAAUCCACAUCUAUGGACUUCGCACUAAUCGGCGGACUGAAUUUCUCCAUGGCAAUGCUAGUGGCGCCUGCGGUGACCAUCAUCGCUCGCAAGUACAGCACGCGAUUACCCAUGUUCCUCGGAUUAGGGUUUCUAGCAGCGGGAUAUGUGUGCGCCUCUUUCGCAAAGCAAAUCUGGCACCUCUACCUGUCACAAGGAAUUCUGGUCGGGUUCGGCGUUGGCUUCAUCUACGUCCCCAGCAUUCCGAUUCUUUCCCAGUGGUUUGACAAGAGACGGAGUCUUGCGAAUGGGAUCAGUGCGGCUGGGUCGGGUAUCGGUGGCUUGAUAUUUUCGUUCAUGGAUGGAGCUGUCAUUGAGAGGAUAUCUCUUCCUUGGGCGCUGCGAUUGACGGCUAUUAUCAGUUGCUCGGUGUUAAUCGUUGCUACUUUGCUAAUACGGAACCGUAAUGAAGCUGUGCGGCCAACGCAGCGGGGAUUCGAUUUGAAGCUCCUGUAUCGGUUGGAUGUGUUUCUGUUGCUGUCAUGGUCGUUUCUCAGCAUGCUGGGGUAUAUUUCUCUGCUGUUUUCGCUCCCAAAUUAUGCAGAGGCUAUUGGUCUGUCCAGUAAUCAGGCCGCGGUUGUCAACGCGAUUCUGAAUCUGGGGACUGCUGUUGGGCGGCCUUUGAUCGGUGUGGCUAGUGAUCGUUUUGGCAGGAUUGAAGUUGCAGGUCUUUUGACUUGCUUUUGUGGCCUUUCUUGUUUCAUUAUUUGGCUUCCUUCCGCAUCAUACGGUGUGCUCGUUCUAUUUGCUAUUAUUAGUGGAGCUAUCCUUGGGGUCUUCUGGGUUACUAUUGCCCCGCUGUGUGUUGAGGUUGCUGGGUUAGAGGAGCUUCAAUCCUUGCUAUCUCUAUCUUGGUUCUUCAUUGUCCUUCCGACAACCUUUUCGGAAGUGAUAGCACUCAAGUUACGCCGGCCAUUGUCCCAGCAUCCAUAUUUAUAUACCCAAGUGUUCUGUGGUAUCGCUUACGUUUGUGCCAGCAUGGCGUUACUUCUGCUCUGGUAUCUGAGACGACAGAAAGCUCAGAUAACGCGUUGA